AUGUCGCUGCUGGAGGAAAACUACAGCGGCAGUGAGAGCGAAUGGGAUGAUGACAUGGAGGAGGUGGUGCCCAAGCCGAAGCCGCGGGCUGCCCCUCGCAAGAAGCGGGCAUCCCCUGCUUCGGCGCUGUCCUCAACCGAAGCGACUCCGGCUCCAGCAACGGAAGCUUCUCCCAAUCCUCGCGAAAGCUCUAUUGAAUCCGAAACUAACGGUGACUCAACUCCUCGUGUUAAUGGACAACGGGGGACCGCGCUGGAGCAAUACCAGCGGCUCUCUCAGCUUGAACAUAUCCUUAAGCGUCCUGACACCUAUAUUGGGUCAGUGGAGCCUACCGACGUGGAAAUGUGGACAUACGAUUCUGCUACUGAAAAAAUGGUACAGAAAUCAGUGAAGAUCGUUCCUGGGUUGUACAAGAUUUUUGACGAGAUCUUAGUCAACGCCGCUGAUAACAAAAUCCGUGAUCCUCUGAUGAAGCAACUUAAGGUGAAUAUUGACGUGGAACUGAACACAAUCACCGUGAGAAACGAUGGGCGUGGUAUCCCCGUGGAAAUUCACGAGAAGGAGCAGAUGUACAUCCCUGAAAUGAUCUUCGGUAACUUGUUGACGUCGUCAAAUUACGACGAUGACGAAAAGAAGGUCACUGGUGGUCGUAACGGUUAUGGUGCUAAACUUUGCAACAUUUUCUCAACCGAGUUUACGGUUGAAACUGCCGACUUGUCGAAUGGUAAGGUUUAUCAGCAGGUGUGGACCAACAACAUGUCGAAAUGCAACCCCCCGAAAAUCAAGAAAAUGACGGCCAAGCGUGAAUACACCCAGAUUACGUUCAAACCCGAUCUUGCUAAGUUUGGCAUGGAACGCUUAGAUGAUGACAUUGUGCUGGUUAUGAAACGCAGAGUGUUUGAUCUUUGUGGUACAGUUAGGGAUUGUCUGGUGUUUUUGAAUGAUACUAAGUUGCCUAUUAAACUGUUCAAACAGUACGUCGACAUGUAUGUCCAAGCUCUUCGGCAAUUGGAUGAUCUGGAUGAUCCCAAGCUGCUGGUAGUGGUACAUGAAAACUUCGGCGAUCGUUGGGAAGUUGCAUUUGCCGUCUCGGAUGGGCUGUUCCAACAAGUGCUGUUUGUUAACUCCAUUGCCACUACCAGUGGUGGUACCCACGUGAAGAUGCUCACCGACAGCAUUGUCAAGCAAUUAACUGAAUCGAUUCUGGCCAAGAGAGGAAAGAAGAAGGCACUCAUGGUCAAGCCGCAAGAAGUCAAGAACAACAUGUUCUUGUUUGUCAAUUGUUUAGUUGAAAACCCUGCGUUCACCUCGCAAACUAAGGAGCAGAUGACCACUAAGCCCGCCAAAUUUGGCUCUAAGCCGGUGAUCACUGAAGAUUUCAUCAAAAAGCUUAUCGCCAAAACUCUGAUUACUGACAAGCUUCACAGUUUGAGUCAAGCUAAUGAAGACAAGGCCCUUGCACGUCAAGAUGGUUCUCGUCGUCUGAGAGUUAAGCUGGCGAAGUUGCACGACGCCAACAAAGCCGGCACUAAAGAUGGCCACAAGUGUACGCUUAUUCUUACUGAAGGUGACUCAGCCCUCGCUCAGGCAGUGGUAGGGCUCAAAGUCGUAGGUAAUGAAUACUACGGGUGUUUCCCCCUUCGAGGGAAAAUGUUGAAUGUUCGUGACGCUCUGGCGGACCAAAUUCUGAAGAAUGCCGAAAUUAAUGAGAUCAAAAAGAUCAUUGGUUUGCAGCACAAAAAGCACUACACUCCCGAACUGCUUAAGCUGUUGCGUUACGGUCAUAUUCUCAUCAUGACCGAUCAGGAUCACGAUGGUCUGCACAUCAAGGGUUUGCUUAUCAAUUUCUUCGAACUGAGUUUCCCUGGCCUUUUACAAUGUCCUGGAUUCCUUCAAGGGUUCAUUACUCCGAUUGUCAAGGUUACCAUUUUAGGUCGCCACAAGAAGGUUAUUCCCUUUUACAACAUGCCUGAUUUUGAGCGUUGGAGAGAGCUGGAAGAGGCUCAAGCCAACCGUUGGACCCAUAAGUACUACAAGGGUUUGGGUACAUCUCUUGCGACUGAAAUCACCGAGUACUUCCAACAGUUGCUGCGGCAUUUGAAACGAUUCCACGCUCUUCAGGAUGACGACAAGCAGUACAUUGAUUUGGCAUUUAACAAGAAGAAAGCUGAUGAUCGUAAAGAUUGGUUGGGGGCCUAUAUUCCUGGUACCCAAUUGGACCCUGAAAUUGAAGAGAUUCCGAUUGCUGACUUCAUCAACAAGGAGCUUAUUUUGUUCCUGAUGGCCGACAAUAUUCGUUCGCUUCCGUGUGUUCUUGAUGGGCUUAAACCAGCACAGCGUAAGGUCAUUUACGGUUUACAAAAACGGGCUGGGAACCGUGAAGGUAAAGUCAACGACUUGGCAGGGUACAUUUCAAGUAACACCGCUUACCAUCACGGUGACCAAUCGUUGGUCAUGACGAUUGUCUCAAUGGCUCAAGAUUUCGUUGGGGCAAACAACAUCAAUUUGUUAGAGCCCCGGGGUAACUUUGGGAGUCGAUUCAUGGGUGGAAAGGAUGCUUCGGCUGCUCGUUACAUUCAUACUUGCUUAUCUGAGAUCACCAAGCUGGUGUACAACCCUUUGGACAACUCUUUGUACAAGUACGUUCAAGAAGAUGAGCUGACUGUUGAACCUCAGUGGUACUUGCCUGUUGUGCCGAUGGUGCUUGUUAACGGUCUGGAAGGUAUCGGUACGGGGUGGUCCACUUCAAUCCCUCCUUUCAACCCUAAGGAUAUUGUUGACAACUUACGCCGAAUGAUGGAUGGUGAUGACUUGGUGGAGAUGGCACCAUGGUUCCGAGGGUUUACUGGUCGUAUUGAACGUGAAAGUGAUGGUCGUUACAAGAUGUACGGUAUUAUUGAGCAAGUGGACAACCAAACCAUCCAGAUUCUGGAAAUCCCCGCCCGCAUGUGGAUCCAAAAUUAUAAAGAGUUCUUGGAAGGCAACAUCAACGACCGGGAAAACCCUCUGGGGUGGAUCAAGGACGUGCAGAUUGUUCACACCAACAGCACCGAUGUUGGGUUCAAGGUGACGAUGACACAAGCUGAGGUUGAUAAGCUGCUUGAAGUUGGAUUAUACAAUCGAUUCAAAUUGAUUUCCAAUAUCAGCACCCUGAACAUGACGGCCUUCGACGCUGACGGUCGAAUCAAACGGUACGCGCUGCCGUUGGAAAUCUUGAAGGACUACUACUACGUUCGUCUCGAAUUCUACCAAAAGCGAAAGGAUGCCAUGACCACGAACUUGCAAAACCAACUUACGCGACUCUCAGAACAAGCUCGUUUCAUCAAGUUGAUCAUCGAUAGCAAAAUCAAGGUUUCCAACCGGAAGCGGAAGGAGUUGUUUGAAACUUUGGAAGAACAUAAGUUCAUCAAGUUCGAUCGCCACGGCAGCCCCGUCGCUGGCGAGGCGCCAGUUGCCGAAGACGUUGCCGAAGCGGAUCCCGAAGAGCUUGAAGAGGAAGCGGAAAUGGUUGAAGGCGAACAUGUUCCCGAAACUAGGUACACCCACUACGAUUACUUGUUGGGAAUGCUGAUUUGGUCGUUGACUUGGGAGAAGUAUCAAAGACUUUUGCAGCAGCAAGGUUCCAAGCAAGCGGAAUUGGAAAUCCUUUUGGGUAAGACCGCCAAGGACUUGUGGAAGGAAGACUUGGAGACGUUCUUGUCGGCUUGGGACGAAUUGCUUGAGUCCGACGUGAAGAAACGUGACCAAAUCAACGGUAAGCGUGGCAAUAGUGGUCAAAGCCGUGGCGGAAGACGCCGGAGAAACGACGAUGAUGAUGAUGAAGACUAUGGUGCUCCGAAGAAGAAGCGUCCGGCGAAGAAGGCGACUGCUGCCAAGGUGAAAAAGGAACCUAGCCCCAAGGAAUCGGCGGUGAAGAAGGAAACGACACCAAAAGUUGAAGUGAAGAAAGAAUCAGGCCAAGCCGACGUGUUAUCUUUCUUCUCUAAGGAGGACGACAAACCGACGCCAGCGCCAGCGCGGGGCGGCAAUCGCCGUGCUAAGCAGCAAAAGCCCCCAGUGGUGACGCCGCCGCUGUCAAAGUCCCGCUUCGACGCCAGCGACUCUGACGAGGACUUCAUCAUGGGCGAUGCCAUUCUCGGUGGUCGGAAGGACGCGCUGAUGGCGUCGGACUCCGAAUUUUCUCUGUAA